GGCGAUAUCAUCCUUGGCGGGGUUUUCCGAGUACACGCCAAAGUGGAUGCGCGGGACCUUACCUUCAAAAGCAAACCGGAACCAAUAACAUGCUCAAAAUUCUGGUUCCGAUUUUUUCGUUUGGCUCUAACAAUGAUCUUCGCCAUCGAGGAAAUAAAUAAUAACCCAUCUCUGCUUCCCAACCUAACACUGGGUUACCAGAUAUACGAUGUGUGCACCGUGCCGAAUUUAUCGCUGAAGGCAGCUUUUGAAUUUUUGAACGGAGGCCAAGAGGCAUCACUGAGGAAUCGCUGCAAAAGAACUCCCACAGUAUCUGCCAUCGUUGGGGAUUCGGGCUCCUCACAAUCUUUAGCAAUAGCGACGUUAGUCGGUCCUUUCAAGAUUCCUAUGGUCAGCUACCUGUCAACGUGUGCGUGCCUGAGCAACAGAAGGGAAUACCCUUCAUUCUUCAGAACAAUCCCAAACGAUUAUUUCCAGGCUAGAGCCCUGGCCAGGCUUGUAAAACACCUGGGAUGGACAUGGAUCGGGACCAUCAGAAGUGCUGACGACUACGGCAGCUUUGGAAUGAAGGCUUUCACCGAGGCUGCCGAGCAAGCGGGCGUUUGCAUUGCUUUCUCUGAGACUAUACAAGCAAUGUACUCCAGGGACAGGUUGCUUAAAGUCAUCGAAACCAUAAAGAGGUCGUCCACAAAGGUUGUGCUCGCCUUUGUCGCGCAAUCUGACAUGGAAAUUCUAAUUAACGAGAUAAUACAACAAAACGUAACUGGCAUCCAAUGGAUAGGAAGCGAGGCGUGGGCUGCUACGUUGGUACUGCCAACCGAAGACAGUAAACGGUUCCUUACUGGCACAAUUGGAAUUGCAAUCCGUAAAGCAAGUAUACAAGGCCUGAAAGAAUUUUUAAUGCAAGUCCGCCCUUCUGUGUACCCAGGGAACCUGUUGGUGAAGGAGUUUUGGGAAGCGACUUUCGGGUGCAUCUUUUCAGACAGAGGGAACAAUACAGACGCCACUUCUCGUGGUCCAGGAAUCGAUGAAUGCACGGGAACAGAGGACUUGCAGACGGUGCAAAAUUCAUUUACGGCCGUAUCUCAGUACAGGAUUGAAUAUAACGUGUACAAGGCAACUUAUGCCAUAGCUCACGCUCUUCAUAAUAUGCUGUCGUGCGAAAGUGGAGAUAAAAUAUUUUCCAAUGACAGUUGUCCGAAAACUUUACAUUUUAAACCAUGGCAGCUUCUGCAUUACAUGAGAACGCUGAACUUCAUCACCAAGAUGGGAGAAAGGGUGCACUUUGAUGCAAAUGGAGACCCAAUCCCCAUGUACGAUAUUGUAAACUGGCAGACAACUGCCCUUGGUGGCAUAGAGGUCGUAGAUGUUGGAUAUUACGAUGGAUCUGCUCCCCCAGGACAAGAAUUCAUGAUCAAUGAAACGGCAGUGGUAUGGACUGGGGGGGAAACUGAGGUUCCAAAAGCAAUUUGUUCUGAGAGGUGUGCCCCUGGUAAAUGGAAGAGAAUGAGAAAAGGACAACCUAUUUGUUGUUUCGAUUGUUUACCGUGCCCAGACGGGGAAAUUAGCAACACCACUGAUGCAGCGCAUUGCAUUAAGUGUCCUUUGGAAUACCAACCUAAUCAAGGAAAUGAUGAAUGCAUACCUAAAGAAAUUGAAUUUCUUUCCUUUGGAGAAACCAUGGGAAUUACUCUGCUGGUGGUGGCAUUGCUGGGAGCUUCCAUCACCAUGGGUGUAUUUACUACAUUCUAUUUUUACAGAGAUACUCCAAUUGUUAAAGCCAAUAACUCUGAGUUAAGCUUUCUUCUUCUUUUAGCAUUAAUUUUGUGUUUCAUGUGUUCAGUUACUUUUAUUGGGGAACCAUCAGUCUGGUCUUGCAUUUUGCGCCAUACAGCAUUUGCUGUCAUUUUUGUUCUUUGUGUCUCUUGUGUUUUGAGUAAAACUAUUGUAGUGGUGAUGGCGUUUAAUGCAACACGUCCCAAUGGCAACAUAAUGAAGUGGUUCAGCCCCACGUAUCAACGCCUGACUGUUGUCUUGCUUACAAUGGUACAGUGCUUCAUAUGCACUGUCUGGCUGAUCACGUUGCCACCCUAUCCACGGAAAAAUGUCGAAUAUGCCAAUGAUAUUAUUGUUUUUGAAUGCAGUGUAGGUUCUGCAGUGAAUUUUUACUGUACUCUGGGUUAUAUCGGACUCCUGUCUUGUGUGUGUUUUGUGGUUGCAUUUCUAGCUCGACAACUUCCCAGCAAUUUCAAUGAAGCUAAGCACAUCACUUUCAGCAUGCUUAUCUUUUGUGCAGUGUGGCUGUCCUUCAUUCCAGCUUACAUAAGUUCUCCUGGGAAAUAUGCUGUUGCAGUGGAAGUGUUUGCGAUAUUGGCAUCCAGCUUUGGCUUACUUCUCUGCAUUUUUAUCCCCAAAUGUUAUGUCAUCCUGCUCAAGCAAGAAGAAAACACGAAGAGGCACAUUAAAGGCAAUAAGGGGUCCAAGACAUUUUAA